UAAACCACCAUCUUGAAUAUCGUUCAGAUCACUUGCACAUAUACAAGUGAGUAACGAUAACAGCCAACCGACUAUGGCCGUGCCCUCCCUAUGGCUGACCAACAUAUACUUAAGUACAUCCGUGCGAGCAGAACCAGGAGCUUUAUCUUCAUAGAGUUCACAUAAGGUAACAUGGAGUCUUCUUGCACUACUCAACCUCAACAUGCCAAGUCUCACUGUUCCAUACGCACCUCGCUACAUCCAUCCGCCUUCUUCCAACGAGAAGUUGGACUAUGCAGACCUUGCUGUGAUCGACUUCUCCUUGGUAGGGACUACUGAAGGCCGGACAGAACUCGCAAAACAAGUGAAAGAUGCUUUGUUGACUCAUGGCUUCUUUUAUAUCGUCAAUCAUGGAUACACACAACUCCAGACUGACAGGAUAUUUGAUAUCGCAGACAUACCUCUUUCGGGUGUCAGCGAUGCAGAGAAACAGAUGUAUGUGGCGAAAAUGAAAGAAACAGGAUCUUACCAAGGGUAUAAACCAAGAAAUUAUUGGCAUAUUGAUUCUGGUGUUCGUGAUCAACUAGAACAUUACAACAUUAAUCAUGAUGUGUCCAAACGUGCCCACCCCGACAUUUUACGCCCAUAUCUUCCUGAGGUUGAAGGCUUUUGCCAGUAUAACCAUUUCAAUAUACUCCACCCACUCCUGAGGCUCGUGGCGUUAAGUCUUGAGCUUCCAGAGGAGUCAUUGGUGGAUAUCCAUAACUAUCAUGCGAUCGGAGAAACAUAUGUCAGGUUCAUGAAAUACUAUCCUCGUUCAGCAGACGAGGAAGAAAAAACUAAAAAUGUUUGGUUAAAAGGACAUACAGACUUUGGCUCAAUCACUCUCCUAUGGAGCCAACCCGUCGGUGGCCUACAAAUCAUGACGCCAGAUGAACGCUGGCACUGGGUUCGACACAUCGACAAUGCCAUAGUUGUGAACGCAGGAGAUGCCUUAGAGUUUCUGACAGGAGGUUACUAUAAGGCUACUAUUCAUCGUGUGGUGCAGCCUCCCCAUGACCAACGGAACUUCACACGUUUGGGCGUCAUUUACUUCGCCUUGCCUGACGAUGACACAAAGCUGAUACCCUUGGCCGAAAGCCCUGUCUUGCAGAGGUCCGGCAUCCAGCGUCAGUGCGAGGACAAUCAAGCUCCUACCAUGGAAACUUGGAGGAGGGGCAGGACUAGCGCAUAUGGUCAAACUGAUUUAAAGAAAGGUCAACGGGAAGGCGUUGAGGAGGAAGUCAUUAACGGAGUGGUUGUCAAACACUAUAAUUGAGUAUGUGUCGACUCCCUAUCACUCGUCUUAUCGCCGUCAAGGCUCCUUUGAACAACACCAACUCUUCUCUCCCCAGCUAUUUCAUAUAUCAUAACGGAUGUUGUAUGUCAAGUAUAUAUGCAUUUUCGACCUUUUCCGCUGUUU